AUGGCGGAGGUUCGAGUGGAGCUGCUCGACCUGCACUCCGAGCUUAAAUGCAGUUUGUUCGGGAUUGUGUGCUUGAUAACGCUUAUCGCAUUCAUCUACGUGCUGUGCCGACUGGCUGUAUCACCAAGCAGGAUGCCACGCAGCGAGCUCUGCGUCGUCCUACUGUCGUGCUUGCAGCUACUAUUCGGUAUCAUUUUCUAUUUUGGCGGUCAGCACCCGUUCCUGCAUAUCCUCAACAAGGCAAUCAAGGUCGUACAAGCCGAAGUAAUAUCCUGGAGCUGCCUUAACAUCAUGCUUGCGAACAAACCGCGACGCAGGCGGAUGGCAAAGGGGUUGAUGAACUUCGUGACAUGCUGCAUCGCAUUGUCACUGUUGUACAGCUAUUUCAACGUCUACGACCACACCAUAUACCUCAACGCGAAAGUUGGCAUUUUAAUGUCGGCGCUCUGGUGCGCCAUGUCGGUGGCAGUCAUAUACGUCGCCUGUAAAAUACGGAGAAGCCUGGAUGUGAGCAAGAUACUCAAAAUGGAUGAGGAGGGGAGGGACGAAGGGCAGCCGCACAGCGGUGCGAACCUGCAGAAUUUCCUCCGGGAUGGCGGCGACCUCGUCGAGUCGUACAGCGACACCAGGUACCAGCACCUGCUGCUCCUUGUCGUCGUAGAGGCCAUCACGGCAAUGGUUGGUUCACACCGCCGCUUAGAGUUAACGCAUGAACAGGGCACGCUGAUAUGGGAUGUCGUUUUGUAUUACUCCGUGAAGCAAAGCCUGAACGGAAAGGGAUUUGAACUCGACAUGCCCGUUCUCAAAGAGGUGCUAUACAUCGCCACGAACACAAUAGUCAUCCUCAUACCGAAUUGGACCGUGUUCUACGUUUUCUACUGGGUGCAACGACAAAACUACAGCAACAUCAGCUCCACAUGGGAUGUAAACCUGAACUCAAUGAAGGAUCGCCGAAGCCGCGAGCGUGGAGACAAGAGCCCUAGUCGCUACCACCGACGCGAACGCUCGAUGUCACGUAGCCCGCGAAGGUACCAACGAUCGCGAAGGCACUCUGAUAGCUAUAGCGGAUCGCGCGGCUAUCACGAACGAUCGCACAGAAGGUACCAUAGACACAGCCGUUCCAUCAGCCGAGGUCGCGAAGUUUCCGGGAGGCGCUACAGCAGGUCCAUCCGCAGAGAGCGUAGCCCAUCACGACAGCGCAGCUAUCGCGAGAGCGAGAAAUGGAGCAGGGGGCGCGAGGAAAGGGGGCCUGUGGACCCGGAAGAGCGCGCCCGAUUGGAGCACGAGCAGAGGCGACAACGUGAGAUUGAAGAGGCCCAGCGCGAGGACCUUACCGUGCUUGUGAUCAACCUACACCUCGGGGCAGAUGAACGACAAAUAUACGAGGCAUUCAGUGAACAUGCAGGAAAAGUCCGAGAUGUGCAAUGCGUCCGCGACGCCAGGUCCGGAAGGUCGAAGGGAGUGGCGUACGUGGAGUUCUACACGCAGGAAUCCGUCAUCAAGGCUCUCGCGAUGAACGGGUUUGAACUCAACGGUCAGCGCAUCCGCGUCCAGUCAUCUCAGGCUGAGAAGAAUAGAGCGGCGAGGGCAGCGAAGCUUAUACAGCAGCAGACGGUUGAGGUUGCCGACUCACCGUUCACUGUUCAAGUCACGGGACUUACAGGGUCCCUGUCUGCAAUAACUGAAGUUGAGAUUAAGCAGAUGUUCUCGCCCUUCGGAACCAUCAUUCAUGUGGAAAUCAUGCGUGAUCCGCACUCCGGGCUGCCACUAGGUCACGCAUUCCUCAAGUUCAAACGCGCCUCAGAGGCUAAGGAGGCGGUUUCCGCAAUGAACGGCUUCGAUAUUGGAGGUCAGACAAUCAAAGUGGCAUAUGCAACAGGCGCUAAUGCAACGGGUAGACUGGCGUCACACGGCGAAGUGGACAUCGAGCGGCUCGAUGAAGACGGAGGUGGGCUCAUUUCAGGUGCCAAUAAUAAAAUCGCAUUGAUGCACAAGCUACAAAGGACCUCCUCUACGGAUCCUGCCGGUGCAACGCAAUCGGCACAAUCGAUGGCCAACACCGGCAUAUCGAGUGCGCCAACCUGUAACGUGAUCCUGAACAACAUGUUCAGCUCGUCAGACCCCACCGUAUCGGAACCUAACUUCUUCAACGAAGUGGAGGAAGACGUGAACGAUGAGUGUAACAAAUACGGUAAGGUGGUCAAAGUGUACAUCAACCGACAAGCCGUCGACGGAAAGGUCUGGGUCAAGUUCGGAAACAUGUUGGAUGCCACAGUGGCAUAUCGAAGCCUUAACGGGCGAGUAUUCGCUGGCAACACGAUAAAGGUCGAAUAUGUCACAGAUGACCACUGGCAGAAGAUGGUCAGGCACCUCAUGGAGCUCGACUUCGACCCCAAAUAUCGCAACUGGAACCGGACACCGGUGCAAGAGUUAUUCGAGGCGCCCGUUCAUUCCGCUGUAUCCCCUAAUUGCAAGGAUAUAGAGAAGAAUCUCCUGCAGUACGCGAAACAAUGUGGGAUGCUUGUCCUAUGGCUCGACUGCGACAGAGAAGGAGAGGCAAUCGCCUUCGAGGUAAUGACUGUCUGCCAAAGGGUAAACAAGAAUAUCGCCAUACGAAGGGCGAUAUUCUCAGCCGUAACAAGGUCAGACAUCGAGAUUGCGUGUAGCCGGCUGCGGAACCCAAACUCCAACCUUGCACAGGCGGUUGAAGCGAGGCAGGAAAUCGACCUACGAAUCGGAUCAUCUAUGACGAGGUUCAUGACAACCAAGUACAAAACCGGCAUAAACACUGAGGCCAAAGUGCUCAGCUACGGACCUUGCCAACUGCCUACACUUGGCUUCAUCGUCGAGCGCUUUAGAAAAAUAGAAUCGUUCGUCGCUGAGGAUUUCUGGUCCAUGCAGGUCCAUAUUGAGCGGGGUGGCAAGUCACACACGUUUCUGUGGGACAGAGUGAGGCUUUUCGACAGACUGGCCGUGCUCACGCUGUACGAGGCGUGUUUGGAAAACCCCAUGGCGAAAGUCACGCACGUGAACAAUCGCACAACCAAACGGUACCCUCCGCUACCUCUAGACACGGUUGAAAUGCACAAGGACGCUGCCCACUACCUGAAAAUAUCGUCACACGAGAGCAUGCACCUAGCGGAGUCGCUGUACAACAAGGGAUACAUAAGUUACCCCAGGACUGAGACGAACGUUUUCCCUUCCUCCAUGAAGCUGAUAGACCUCGUCCAGCUGUUUACAAACCACCCGCAGUUCGGCGAUUAUGCAUCUAAACUGGUCAGAGGUGGCAAUAUAAUGCCGAGGAAAGGCAAAAAGAACGACGAGGCCCACCCGCCCAUCCACCCAGUAAAGCCCAUGCGACGCGAAGAGGCGGAAUCCCACCGCAGCUGGCAGCUGUAUGAGUACAUCACCAGGCGGUUCCUGGCGUGUUGCAGCCCUGCGGCAGUAGGUGACGAGUCUACAGUGUUCGUUGACGUCGCCGGGGAGGGGUUCCACUCCAAGGGUCUGGUGGUCAAAGAACGCAACUGGCUGGACAUAUACCCGUACAGCACAUGGAAUGGCAAGACAAUCCCUGCCAUGGUACAGGGGGAGGUGAUGAUGCCGCAGAAGAUUAUGCUCACCGGAAGCCGAACCAAGCCUCCGGGGCUCCUCACCGAGACCAACCUCAUCGACCUCAUGAGUAAACACGGAAUCGGCACAGACGCUACCAUGCACGAGCACAUUCAAAAGGUGCAAGACAGGCACUACGUGGUCAAGGAGCCGAACUUCACGCUCAUACCAACAAACCUGGGAAAGGCGCUAUACUGGGCCUUCAAGAGCUACAGGCACACGGAAAUAGACCUGACGAAACCCAACCUGCGCGCGAAUAUGGAGAGCGACAUGUGCCUAAUCGCAGAAGGACAGAAGCAGAAGCGGGAUGUCAUAACACAAUAUGCGCAGCAAAUGAAGCAAAUCUUCCUACACAUCAGGAACAACAUCGACGGAUUCGACACAGCCAUGCAGAGGCUCGUGAAUCUUGCGCCUGACGAGGCGCCAAUGCCCAAUAUAAGGGCGUAA